UUCUGCAGGUACGCUAACAGCUCGUCGAGCACAGACCUUAGAGCUCAUAAAGCGUACACGAUACACUGCCAUUGCUGCCUCCCUCUCCCACUCUGUCCGUCGGCCAUUCGCUAUCAGGGAUCCAAAGCUCAGGGGAUCAUGAAGCCCGGCGGCGUCAAAGUCUCCUCCAGCCCUGGGAGAGAGAAGCUGCCCCCGCCCCCUGGCCUCGCCCGCCUGCUCUACGGCAAAGCCGUGGGUAGCCGGAGCCGCGGUCGCUCCGCCUCCACCGUAGCUCGGUCCAGCCCCAUGUUCGCGUCACGGAGCAGGAGCCGCAGCCGCUCGUCCUCGGCGGCCGCUGCUGCGGCGAAGGAGGGAGGGGAGCCCUCCUCGCCCAAGGUCACCUGCAUCGGCCAAGUCCGCAUACGGAACAAGAGGUCGGCAAAGCCGAAUAAGCCUCAGCCCAAGAAGACGAGGAGCAAGUCGUCUCUGAUGCCGUGCCGGUGCCUCCACAAGUCUCUACUCUGCGGCCUGUUCCCCGUUCGGAAGAGGCCCACCGGCCGCGGAGGUGGAGGGAGAGGCAGCGGAGGCCGGCGGUCGUUGUGGCCGAGAUGGUCUCGCGUCCGAUCUGGCGAAAGCGGUGGGUACCAGCAACAGAAGCCGGAUCCGGUUAAGCCUUCACCGCAGCCGGAGCUCAUCACAGGCGUAAGGGUAUCAAAGAGAGAAGAGGACGGAGACGACAAGGAUGAGGAUGACGAGGAGGCAGCUCGGCACGGGGAGAAGACGAAGGUUUUCGAGCCACUGGCGACAGCGACGCCGCCAAAGAAUGCACUCCUACUGAUGAGAUGCCGGUCAGCACCGCACAACCGGUCUUCCUCGCUGGCCACCUCCCAGAUCACGGUGUCCCCCUUGCUGUCGCCUGAUUCCCCGGCUGCUUCGCCACUGGAGGAGGUCUCUAGAGGGAAAGCGCGAGACCAGGAGCUGCUGCAGCAGCAAGAGCAGAGAACGUCAAGCAGCGGAGAGGCGCUCGUCCAUGAGGAGGAGGAGGAGGAGGAGGAGCAAGGGGACGAAGCCAAGGGAUCGGAGUCGCGGCGGCCGCUGGUGUUGCCGCGGAGCAAGUCGGAGCCGGCGCGGAGGGCAGCGGCGAAGCUGGCGGUCCCGGAGGCCUCGUACUGCUUCUGGACCAGCCGCUGCCAGCGACGCCACUUCGUCCCCGCUCACGAGGAGCGGGCCCCACCCACCCUCACUGAUGUAUAGUGCUCCUCCUCUGAUUGGAUUUGCUUUGCCUUCAGCUGUCGCAUGUAUUAGUGUGGUUUCCGAGAGAGAAAGAGCGAAGAGAGAGAGAGAGAGGUGCGGGUGGAAUCUGCAGGUUUCCCAUGACCUUUCGGGACGGAAGUGGAAGAAGAGCCACUCAUGUAGCUAUGGCAAGAAGAAGAAGCUACGUGAGGCCGUACUUCUCGAAAACAGUAAUAAGCCUCAGCUGUCUGCCACUGUCAUAUGACAUCAGGUCGAGUCAUCUCCCGAGGCUCCGCGAUCUUGUAUGUAAUCUCACCUUCACUGCUCUCCGGGCACGCAAGUUUGAGAGCUGGGAAUGGCGGAACUGUGGGAAUGGGAUAGCGUGGCUGCUGACAGUGAUUUGAUAUCUCGUGUGGUGUUGUAAGAAUAAGUAAAAGCUUGUGAAGUAGCGAAAAGAUUUGAUGGCUGUUCGCCGGGAGCAGUGACUCGCAGUAUUUAUCUUGUCCUUGAGAGUCUAUCGGUGAGAAGAAGAAUUGAGGUGAUGAUCAUGACCUGUUUGUUGUAAUGACAAGAUAAGGAAGAGAUCAGUGGUCAGGGACUCAAGAGAGUAUUAAAUACGAUAUUAUAAGGUGCAAUAAUUGGCUUGUAUGUAUAUAUCUAUCUUAAAGAAAUUUCGGACACUUAAAUUA